UCCGGUGGGUGGGCGAGGUUCAGUGACAGCUGCGGAGGUCCGAGCUUCAGGUCGUUUGUUUGUCUUCGCUCGCCUGAAGAAGAAUUCAGGGUUUAUAAACAAGAAAAGUAGAAGACAGAAGAAGAAAAAGAAGAAGAAGACGACGAUUAACGCAGAAAGCCCCGUCGCUACGAAGUAAAGAAGAAGAGUUGUCUUCUUCACUUCCGUCCAAGAAUAAGUCGGCUGCUGCAGGAUGUGAGAGAACCACAACACAAGACGCCGAACGCGAAGUGACAUCUGAGAAGGAACGAGUUUGAAGAUCGACGGACGACGCUCGGCUGCACACAAACAUGUCUCUGUUCUUCUCCGGAGCCGUUACAAGUUCACCAAUCAAACGCAGGCUGCGGGCCAAUCAGUCCUGUCAGAGCCUGGACGUGUCUCUCCUCUCCCCUGACUCAUCGUAUGUCUGUUACUCGUCUGCGGACGGCGGCGAGCCGUGCUCCUGCCGCCGUUCGCCGCGCCUCCUCACCAACGGAUACUACAGCGUCACCGAGGACAGCUUCUUCUGGGACGACGACGGCAACGUGUCGCUGUCUCCCUGCAAGACCAGCGUGUCCUACAAGGAGAACCUGGUCAGGGUUUUCCGGCGAAGGCGGCGACCUCGCGGCUCUCUGGCUCGCCUGCUGAGUGAUGUGACGGAGAGCUGCCAGUCCUGGCUGGACGAGAAAGUCUUCAGAGGCGUGUUUAGGACGGGACAGGGCCAAGACCAGGACCAGAGCUGGGACAGGACCGGCCAGGAGGUCCUGGCCCCAUUGGACGAGUCAUCCUGGCCUGGAUUCACCAGCACCGAGCUGGACAGCAGCCACACCUUCACUUAUGAUCACACCGAGAUCCCGCCCCCUCCUGACAAAGAGACUCCGCCCCCAAAGAUGCUCAUCCAGGAGGAGAUUUGUUCUGAGAUCAGCGAAUCCAAGGAGCGGUUCACCCAGUCACUGGGCGGCCUCUCCGAAGUCCCGCCUCCCUCGCCCUUCUACACCAACAGCUGCUGCUGCCAGGCUCCACCUGAGCGCACAGGUCUCACAAUGAAAGCCCUUGUCCUUUUCGUCUUCACCAUCUUCAUCCUCACUGCUCUGUGCUCAGGGUGUCUCUGGUGGAGCGCGACUGUCUCAUCGGCCGUGUUCGCGAUGAUCUCGACGUUUAUGUUCCUGACGAAGUCGGGGCCGAUGGGCGAGUGGAGGAGGGCGAAGACGGAGGAUAUCACAUCAAGGAACGAGUGAAAGCGUCGGGGGACAGUUUCCAAUGAUCCAAACUGGAAAAGAGGGCCAGAAAUAUUUCACAUUUCACUAACUGUUUGCAUGAACGUUGCACUUAAAGGACCAGGCUAUGCUGGGCUCCAGAAUGCAUUUUACGGAAACACCAGUUUGAUGCUUUGACUGCAGAAGUUCCUCGGAAAAAUGACCACUUUUUAAAGGUAAAUUUUCAUCUCAGCUUGUUUCCUGUGCUGAGACGCGUUGAUCAGAAGGCUCAAGUCUGUUUGAAAUCAAACUGAAGCAGACGCAUUCACAACAUUUGACCUUUAAAGCCGUCCCAAGCAAAAGUCCUGCUGCUCGCUGUGCAGGUGGACGAUGGUGGAGACGUUCCAGCCUCAGGCUCUGACUGGACGUUCCUUUAACGUUUCCUCGUGUUAAAUGUUGGAGUCAUGAAACGUUUGAAGGACGUCAUGUCUGGAUUUUCCCAGAGAGAAAAGCUCAGUCAGACGGAGUGCUUCUGUUAAAAAGCCGAAGGAGCUCACUAGUGUGACACAAGUCACCGUAGAUUAGAAACAAAUAGUAUCUGUAUUAAAUAUACUGUAUGUACGUACCUGAUGUAUUCUUGAAAUACUGUAAGGUACCUUCUGUUGUUAAUAGCUGAGCUUGGCUUUUUGUUGGGCUGUCCAAAGUAACCAAACGUCAGACUUUCCUUGUCUGGAGAACAAAUUCAGGCGGCCUCUCGUCUGUUUAAAAUAAGAGCUGCAACUUUUUCUAAAGCAAACGCACAAAAACUACUGGAACCGCAGGAGACGGGUGCCAUUUUCUCCUGUAGAAAGUGACUGAAGGGUUUUAUUUCAAAAUGAAAUAGCACAAAAUUUAAAAAGAAAAGAAAAUCAUGUUGGGAUUUUACUGUGAAACUGAUUAAAAAACGAAAGUUUGGUGCACAAAGGCUGAGCAGCAGGUGAAGAACCUUACGAGGCUUCUGUAUUUUAAAUAUCGGUUGUUCUCUGCUGCGUUUUGUAGUAAAACUCUUCAGCUGUCAAGUGCCUUUCCAGCAGCCAGGAAAGUGUUGGACUUCAGCCCCAAAGUGCUGCAGAGACUUUAAACUGUCCUGCUUCAGUGGAGGUGCUUCUCAGAGGUGGUGUAGCAGACAGGUGCAGCUUCACAUCUGAAACAUUAUGUGGCCACACAUUUGAUUUCUGAACAAAUUACUGUGAGGGAAAAAUCUAAAUCUGAAGUUCCAGAAAGGACAAACUCUUCAGGUGACCUGCUGUAGCAUCUUGAUGUCAGCGGUUUGGAGGUGAAGACAGUUAGCUUAGCUUAGCUUAGCUUAGCGAGGGGCUAAGGAAAGGCAACUCAGCGGUAUUGAUACAGUUAGUAUUGAUCAGUUAUCCCUCUGUGAUUCCUGUAGGAGGAAAAGAGAAAUAUUUAAAUAGAAAUGUUUUCAUCAGGAAAAAAAAGUAAGUCUGGACUGAGAAAUGUAAAGGAAUAUAAGCACUGUAUGAAUAUAUCAGGUUUUCACUUUAUUAUAAUAUAUAUUAAUAUUUAAGUUCUUCAGCUUCAGUCAUGUUUGGGCCUCAAAGUACGCCAAGACUUUGGAACCUGAAGGGGGAAGAGACGAGCUGUGCUUCCUUUCUUUGCAACAUUUAAAUGUUUUCAUGUGUGAUUUUGUGUACUGAACGUCCCUGCGGAGCCGAGACGUUUUAUCUUUCGUCCAUCAUGUGGGUUAGAAUAAAUAAAUGCCACUGUUGGUAUGUUGGUAUUUUCUAUUGGUCACUGGUGCAAAUUCUUGAGUCACCGAAAGUCAUUUGUAAUUUGUAAGAAUUGAUUUUAGUUUGUUAAAGAUGAAACGUCUCCUCCAGACUUCUGAAUGGUUUGUUUUUAUUCAGUCAGAAGUGCCAAAUGUGUAGAAAUCUGACAGUUCAGGACAAGAAAAAAAAAGUCUUUAUUAGUGAUAUUUUUAUUACAGCUCCGUGUAUCUCGUUACUUUGCAUUUAAAGCUGCACUUCUCAAUAUUUUUAUAAGUCAAUCAGAUGACACUGUGUGAUGUGAGACUGUCCACAGCUGUGAGACGCUUUUAGUCUCGUUUGGCUCCUAGUUUUGACUUUACGGAUAAGAUUUAUAAAUAGGAAAAAAAAUUAAGAUAACAAAACUGAUCACUGCCCCCUAGUGGCCAAAUGUGUUUUAAUGCAGCUUUAAAUGACCAGAGUUUAAAUAAGGUAGUUUGUCAUAGUUUUUCUUUUUUAUAAUAAACUUUUACGAGGUUUUGUAAAAAAAACAACAAAAAAAACAAAAAACUGCAAGAGACAAAAGAUCAAAAGUUUCUGAAGCUUUAGUUCAGCUCUUGUCUGUGAUGUACACAUCUGCUGUACAUGAUGUUAUAUGUAUAUUUUUUUAAUUUUUCAAUGACUGGACUUGUUUCCUAAGGUGGAAAUGUGGCACUCUGCUUGUGAUGGCACUUAUUAUAUCUGUUCAUUUUAUAUUCCACUGUACUGUAAUCUGCUCUUAACCGCCUGCUCUGAAACUGUAAAAUUAAACCUUAAACGAUGUACUAACUGGAUGAUAAUCUGAAACUGAGACACAAAGAAAUGAACAAAGUAAAAGGACCAGUGAAAGGACAAAGUUGUCCUUUUGUUUCCAUAAGGGAUGUUUGCCUGUUGUUGGUGCUGCAUUUUAAGAUUUCAUUUUUACAGUAUUUUCCAGUUUCAGUGAAAACAUUUUGUUUAGUCUUUAAAGUUUAAAUGAAUGUUUGUCAUCCAUUAAAGCCCAUUUUAAAGACA